GAUUGUUUGAUUUUUUUCCUACGUGGUUAAACUAUUGCGUCGUUAUUCAGGCGAAUAAGUCUUCCUUCUGAAUAUUGCACACAAAUCUCAUAGGAUUCGGUAUGGCAGACACACCAGAAGCUAGUGCAUCAACAAACCUUGUUUCACAAAGUCGCUCUAAAUUGGCAAAGUCUUUGAUGGAUUCAUCUGAAAUAGAACCAAAAAAAGUUUUAGUUAUUUAUACGGGUGGAACAAUUGGAAUGAAAACAAAUGAAAAAGGAGUUUAUGAGCCGAAGGAAGACUUUCUUGUGAACAAACUAAGAACUCUUCCAAUGUUUCAUGACAAGGAAUACGCUGACGGUCAUUUUGCAGGGGAUGAAGAAGACUUCCUUGUCAUGCCUCAUCAAAAAGGCAAACGGGUAAUGUACCGAAUAAUGGAGUACAAACCACUACUAGACUCAAGUAACAUGAUGGAAACAGAUUGGGGAAAAAUUGCGUCCGACUUAUUCAAACAUUACGACCACUAUGACGGGUUUGUGGUACUCCAUGGGACAGACACCAUGGCCUACACAGCGUCCGCUUUGUCCUUCAUGUGCGAGCAUCUUGGCAAAACCAUCAUACUAACAGGAUCACAGAUUCCAAUUUUUGAGGUCCGGACAGAUGGAAGAGACAACUUUUCAUCCUCCCUUAUCAUGGCAGGGCUGUACAACAUGCCAGAGGUGUUGGUGUGUUUUGACAACAAAAUUUUGCGAGGAAACAGAACAAUUAAGCAUGACGCUGGGAGUUUCUUUGCUUUUACUUCUCCAAACCUUCCACCCAUUGCUACUUUAGAGAUUCGUAUUGACGUGGACUGGUCUGCAGUUUUUAGGCCACUGGGAACAGAAAAGUUCAGAGUCCACACAAACAUGUGUAAAAAUGUGGGACUGUUGCGUAUAUUUCCUGGCAUUACCACGCAAACCGUCAAAGCAUUUCUUCAACCCCCGAUGCAGGGAGUUGUCUUACAGACAUACGGAUCAGGAAAUGCCCCAGAUAAUCGACCUGACCUAAUUUAUAUUCUAAAGGAAGCUUCCGACAUUGGAGUGAUUAUUAUUAAUAUUACACAGUGUAUCAAAGGCUGUGUCAAUGCUUCAUAUGCCACAGGAAAGGCUUUGGAAGAUGCUGGGGUCAUCUGUGGAGGAGAUAUGACCCCAGAGGCUGCCCUCACCAAACUGAGUUAUGUCCUUAGCAAGGAGACAUGGACACUGGACAAAAAACGAAAGUCAAUGAAGAGGAACUUGCGAGGAGAAAUGACUGUGGUAGCUAAAGAGAAUAUCACUAUUCUGGACUUUGAGUUGAUUGAGAGUGUGGCUCGAGCAUUGAGUGUUAGCAGUACUGAGGAGAUUAGGAAAAUAAGAGAUGCCCUGUAUCCCAGUUUAAUGUGUGCAGCAGCUAAGGCUGGUGACAAUCAAGCAUUGGAGACACUAAGAAACCUAGAAGGGAACUUGUCCUCACAAAACCAUGAUGGGCGUACAGCAUUACACGUGGCAUGUAAAGAGGGUCACGUGACUACAGUACAGUACUUGCUCCACCAGGGAGCCUCGGUACAUCUGAAGGACUGCAACGGAAUCACACCUCUACAAGAUGCAGUAAUGGGAAAACACCAAGAUAUUAUAACACUUUUGGUGAAAACAGGUGCAAAACUAACUAUAAAGCCCAUACUUUUGGCCAUGGAGCUCUGCUGUGCUGCAGCCUCUGAAGACAUAGAGACUCUUCAGGCCUACAGAGAUGCUGGGGCCAAUUUGAGUGAAUGUGAUUAUGACAAACGAACGGCACUGCAUGUUGCUGUAGAUUCUGGUUGUAAACGUUCCGUUCACUUUCUUUUGGACAACGGUGUCAGCUGGAAGAUGGAGGACAUUUCUGGUAACACGGCACUGGACUGUGCCAAGAAAGGAAACGUGACUGAGAUCAUUGAGAUGAUCGAACAAAAGGAAAAACAACUUGAAACUACUAGUUAAUUUAGAUUUGAAAGUUAAUGUGACAUAUUUACAUUAUUUUUAUUGUUUAAGUAAGUACAGAAGAACCUUUCAAUUAAAAUUUAUGAGAUGAUUUAGUAUAUCAUUUGCAGAAUCAUUAGAUGAAGAAAAAAUUAAGUUGAAAAUGAGACAUUUAAUCAUUUCGUUAAAAUAUCAUUGAUGCUGAUUAUAAUUAGUUCAUAUUGACCAUUGCUUUAAAAUGGACUUCAAAUUUUUACUUGUUCAUCGUACAUGUGUACUUUAAGUUGAAAAUAAAAGAAAUUGAUUGUACGUGUUAAUUCGUACGUGAUACAUCUUAAACUUUGCAAUGUACAAAUGAAGAUCUUCUGGCAAACUCAUGAGGACUGUUAUCUUUUGUGUCAAAUGGUCACGCAACCAACGUGCAAUAGCGCUAUCUUUAAUGUUCUACAAUAACUAUUUUUUUACUGUGCCAACAGUAUAAAUUGGUACAACUGAUUUAUUCAUUUUUAC